UAACUUCCAGCAUAAGUUGAGGCAUGAAGUGGCUUUAGUCCUAUGCCUAUUUCAGAGGGAAAGGAAGACAGAAGGAACACAAAGAUGCAAGUCAAAGUUGUAGCUAUUUUCCUGGUUAUCUGCCUGCUCACCUUGGAAGGCACCAAAGCUAGACCUGGGAAUGUAGGCAGCUUUGACAACAACAAUGUAGGAUCUGACAGUUUCAAUGAUAAUGGAAACAGCUAUAAUUCUGGACCUUCUGGAGGGAAUGCCGGAAGCUUUGAUAACAAUAAAGUUGGCGACCAUAGCUUCAAUGACAAUGGCAACAGUGCUAAUGGACCCGAAAUCUGGUACUAAAAACCUACCACCAUGCCAGAUGAUCUCCGCCCAGACUUUUCAUCAAGGAUAUCAUUGCUGACUCAAAUUAUUCUUUUUACUUGGUAUUGAACGUUUUGCUGGUCCUGACUGUACAGAAGCUUCUUCUUGCAAAUAAAGAAACACGACUUAACCAAUGUGCCUUGCAGAACA